AUGGGUGCUGUUCUGAGUUGCUGCUUCGGAAGUGGAAGCUCAGAUGGAGAACCACUUCUUCAGGACGCCCAAAAGGGCUAUGGUUCGUUCGGCCAAGAUGACAGUGAUAUCAUGCAGAGGAAACUCGAGGAGGAAGAGCAGAAGUUACUGGCUCGGGAACAAGAGCUCGCUGAAAUAGUCAAUAGCACAAACGACAAGCUGAUAGAUAUAUCUAUGAUGAGCAACAGUGGCAUCGUUGUACAAAGCCAUGACCUGGGCGAUGCGGCCAGCGGUGACAAAACUUCUGAGGGUCAAGUAACGAGCAAUGACAAAGGACUUUUGAAGAAUUCAGGUCCUGGAGGCUUGACGGGCGAGCAGCGUGACGAGUUAAAAUCUGUUUACACAGCAUUUUUCUCAAACCUGGAAAAACAGUUGGAGCUACAUAACACAAAAGAACUUAUCGUCACUUUGUAG